AUGCGGCAGUUACAACAAUUCUGUCUCGGUAUCAAAUCACCCUUCAUCGAAUUCAGCAAUGAAAUAGAGGUAUUGGCCAACAACAGUGUGCCCCUCAAUAUAACCAAAGAUGAGCAGGCGCUCAUGCAUCAAGAAGGUCUACGAAAAUUGGGCACGUUCAUUAAACCCGUUGACUUGCGCGACUCUACGACAGGCUUCGUGAAAGCCGAUUUAACCAAGAAGAUUCCCAAUGCAGCUGCUAGUACUAGCAGUAAGGUGCAUUAUGGUGGUGGAGGUGGUGGUGGCAGUGGUAAUCCCGGUGGUGGUAUUAUCAUGGCACAGCGUCGUCGGCAUCCCAUACAAGAGGAGAUGGAUCAAAAGCAAAUUAUUUUACUUGAUGAGGACACCGAUGAAAAUGGUCUGCCCACAAGUUUAACAGAUGAAGAUCGCAAAUUUAUUGUACCCAUGGCAUUAAAGAACGCUUCACCGGAUCCACGCACCCUUAUGGCCACGCAACGACUCAUAGCGACAACGCGCGCCACAACAACGACGUCGACUACAACGAAACGGCCUACUACACCGGCCACACCGGAGUUCGCAUCGAACAUUAAUGACCUCAAGAAGCAUAUUUUGUAUUUGCAAAAUCGCACCAAGCACGAUAGUAAUUUUCAAUCCAAAUUUGUAGUGUUUCCGAGUCUGCAGAAGGAACGACAAAAGCAGGGCCCAACAACAGUAAUAACAACAACUACUGCGCGUCCCUUCCGAUCAAUUUUCCAAUAUUCGGCACCUGCCACACCGCCUACACGCAAAUCUGCUUUCCCAAGCGGCGUGAAAUUGCCAGGCGGUCAACCUUUUGGUGGCUACUAUCGUAAUGAUGAUGAAGACGAUGGUGGAAUGUCAGUGUUUCUGUCUCAAGCUGGCAUAAAUGCGCGCGAUAAGAUUACCAUUGUGCCACAAGUGUUGCUGCUCAACGAUCAAACCAUCAAAAACGAUACGAAUGGUGGUGAGGUGAAACAACGCAAUUUCGAUAAAUCACCUGCUGGCAUGCCACAGACAGUUGCCGUUACUACACCGACCACACCGCCAGAGACCACUACACCCAUGACCAGCACUACACCCAGACGCCCAACCAAGAAACCAUUGUGCAUACGCAAUCCCGAUUCAUUGAAAUGCAUACGCCAACGCAAGCGUGAGGAGCAACAACGUCAACGUCACCGCGAACAGUUAUUGCGCGAGCAACGUGAAUAUAUGCGGCCACACUAUGAGCCCUACGUGCAGACAUUGAAUAACACAAAACGUUUCGCGGUUUCGAUCGAAAUACCUGAUUCUUUCAAGAUACCGUACAACGAGAGUACAGACGCCACUACGACAAUAUCAAUACGAGCCGACGAAGGUGAGCUCCAGGUGCUUUCACGUUCUAAACGCUCGCAUCAUAAGCGUCGUAACAUUGGUGGCGGUCUACAAGGACGACGCGCAGGUAAUAAUGAUAAGUUUGCCGCCAAAUAUGGACCGAGUUAUUUUGAACGCGAUGCGAUUGUAACCGGUGGGCGCGAUUUUGUCGUCUCGAAUUCAGACCAAUAUGGCGGCAUGUCGUCGGCGAAUAGUAACACAACGAGUCCGACGGUGCCGGCGUAUUCAGAGCCGAUUGAUUUAAAUCCAGAUAAUUGUUAUCACGUGGAUGGCAUGACGUAUGGACAGAAGAAACAGUGCGUCUUGCAUACGAGUGUUAUGCCGGCAAUAAGUCGUGGAGCGAGAGCGGCUAUACAGGAAUGUCAAUUCCAAUUCAAGAAUCGCCGCUGGAAUUGCAGCACUACCGAGGAUAACACCGUGUUUGGACCUAUGACGGGACUGGGUUCACCGGAAAUGGCUUUCAUUCAUGCGCUCGCCGCUGCUAUGGUGACCAGCUUUAUAGCGCGUGCCUGUCGUGAUGGCCAGCUGGCGUCGUGUGGCUGUUCGCGCGGUUCACGACCAAAGCAGCUGCACGACGAUUGGACGUGGGGUGGGUGUGGCGAUAAUUUGGAAUAUGCCUACAAAUUCGCCACCGACUUUAUUGAUGUACGCGAAAAGGAAACUCGUCGCGGUACUCGCGGUGCUGGCAAUCCGGAGCGCAAACGUGGCGGUGGACGCUUUCAUCAGCGUCGCAAUCAGCAAAUGCAGGCAAUGCAAGCAGAUGAUGCUGCAGCGGCAAUAUUGGCAACAACAGGGAGAACUACAUCUUCAAUAAUAACAACAACAACAACAACUGCGCCUAUGCCAGCUAUAACGACAAACAUCACCGAGUCAACAGCAAGCCGAAGCGCUGCAGCGGCAACAACAACAACAAAAGCAGCAACACAUUCCGAAACGAUUGCAGGCGCAGCUGGUGCGACAAUAAAUGAACACAUCAACAGCGACAAGGAGAACAUACAGCAACAGUUCCAGCAACAACAACAUCUAAAUUCCAAUAAAAAUGUCAGUGUUGACGGCUAUCAAAGCUACAACAACAAAAAUAACAAUGCCCAGGCAGGCAAUAAUACCAACAAGUCAACAACAACGUUGACAAGUUCUAAGGAUAUUGCCACACAAACAACAAAAACUCCAACAGCACCAACACAAAAAUCAGCAUCAGGCAGAAGCAGCAGUAGCAACAAUAGACAAGAAUCAAACCGCGAUGGCAACGGUAGUGUAGACUCCUCGGAAGAAGACGCGGCUGGACGUAUCAAACCGGAAGAUUUAUUGGAGUUGCAGGAGCGCAUCGCAAAGGAAAUACUCAAUUCGAAAUUGCAAGGCAAAGAAAUGUUGGAAUUACAGGAGAAAAUCAAUCGUGAAAUUCUAAACACAAAGGUGUUCAAUGUGGAUGCCGGCGGCGGCGGCAGACGUAAGCGAAAACGUAAAAAUCAGCGCGCUGUCAAUGGAAUGGCAAACGAUCAGCAGGCGGAUGCUACAGUCAAUGGCGCUGGAGGCGAUGGUGCGGAGGGUGGCGGUGCUGCUGGUGGCAAAGGCAAGAACAGUAUCAUGGCCAAGGCACGAAGCUUAAUGAAUUUACACAAUAAUGAAGCUGGCAGAAGGGCUGUCAUCAAGAAAACGCGAAUCACUUGCAAAUGUCACGGCGUGUCCGGUUCAUGCAGUUUAAUCACCUGUUGGCAACAGCUCUCUUCCAUCAGAGAAAUCGGUGAUUAUUUGCGCGAAAAAUACGAAGAAUCCACAGAGGUGAAACUCAACAAGCGUGGACGACUACAGGUUAAGGAUCCGCAAUUCAAGGUUCCAACGGCGCAUGAUUUGGUCUAUCUGGACGAGAGCCCCGAUUGGUGUCGCAAUAGCCGACAGCUACAGUGGCCAGGCACUCAUGGCCGCAUUUGCAAUAAAACAUCCGCCGGUUUGGAUGGUUGCGGCAUUUUAUGUUGCGGUCGAGGCUACAACACCAAAAACAUUGUGGUACGAGAACGGUGCAAUUGUAAAUUCCACUGGUGCUGCCAGGUCAAAUGUGAUGUUUGUGUGAAGGUGCUCGAGGAACACACCUGUAAAUAAGUAAAUAAUUUUACAAAAAAACAAAAAAUUUAAAUAAUAUCAUAAAUAAUAAAAUGAAACUACUAAACACAUGGCGGUGACAAGAAGAAGAAAACAAAACAAACAACAAAAAAUAAAACAAACACAAAUGAAAAUCUAUUGAAACAGUUGCUGUGCUAAUCUCCCUCUCCAACAAUCCUUUCGUUUAGCUGCGCAUCACAAAGUUUCAUGCUAAUCCACAUACUCACAUAUAUAUAUGUAAAGUUAAGUAUGUAUGUAGAUGUAUGUGAAGUAUGUAACAAACGAAAUGUUGAACGAAUAACUGUAAUUAAUAGUGCAGUACGAAAGAGGAAUUAUUAUAUAAGUACAAGAAAAAAUUUAUGUUAAAAAAACAAAAACAGAAACUACAGUUGAGGAUAAAAGUUUAAAUGCACACUAAUAAACUACUUUUAAAAUGAAUAAGCAAAUUAUCGGGAGAGAGGUGCUUUUAGAGGCGAAUAUGCUGAAUUGGCAAUAAAAUAUUUUUCCAACAUGAAAUUGGCGUUACUUUGCAAGUCAUCAAUGUCUCAAUAAUGGCAUAAUCUGCCUUAAUGUCUAAUUUUCCAAGGUCACUCUUCGCAGUAAGUCAGUCUCUAUUUUCAUUGUAUAUAUAGUACGAGUAUAUCUACAUACUGGGUCCGACACUCGAAGUGUAACCAAUUGAAAAGGCCAUAAAUUCAGUUUAGAAAAUUACUUUUAUUCAAUUCAAAGUAAAAAAUGUGAGAAAAUAAUACAAAAUAAAGAAUCAAUUUACUUUUGCUCGAUAUGACCUCCUAUUGCCUUGACUAUUAAUCGCAAGCUGCCCGAUUGUGAUUUGCAGGUAUUUUGGUCCACUCGCGGACAAUGGCUUUUUUCGGCUCCUCGAGAUUGGUGAAUCUUUCAGUUCAGACCGAAAGAGAAUAAUCCAUCGGAUUCGCGUCUGGUCAAUUUAAAAGCCAUUGUGUGCACGUUAUGAAGAUCGGAACGUUGUUUUUUAAUCAUUCUUGGUUCACUUGAGCUUUGUGAAUGGUUCCGAGUCCUGUUGAAACGUCCAUGGUCUGUAACCGAAAUGUUUAUCGCCCCACGGCUUCAAGGCAACCUCAAAGCAACCUUUCCCGAUCAUAUUAUAUUUCGCAUUUACUUUAACGCCAGGCUCGAUGAAAAGGGUUGGAGAGCGCCUAUCUAUGUUUACAGCGGCCCAAACCAUUACCUAUGAGGGGUGCUGCCUCCUGGUGGCCAAUCGAUGACUCAAAUUCUCGGAUGAACGUUCGGUUAAAUAAACCCUAUCGUUUUGGGAGUUUACGAAUUGCUGAAUUUUAAAAACUUUUUGUCAGAAAACACAAUUUCGGAAAUUGACAACUCUCGGCCAAGCGAAGCAACUCCUCAGCUCUCUCAAGUCUGACUUGUUCCUGCUUUGGUGUGAGAUCAUGCGCCUUUUGGAUCUUGUAAGGCUUGACUUUGAGAUCAUUUUUCAGUACGCGGCGGAUACUACGGUCAGAUAUUUUCAGUUCUUUCCUUAUUUGAUUGACACUUUGUCGGGGAUUUCGCUCAAGUCGCUUUUUAAGUUCUUAACCAUUUCAGGUGACGGUGCAGCCUUUUGAUGACCACCUGCAUGACGUUUCACGAUGCUACCAGUAUCAUUGUCACGAGUAAUGGUACGACAAACAAAAACUUGAUUUUCUUUAAGGUGCUUGAGCUCACGAACAAUCUCUCGUUGUGAUUUUCCAGCCAAAUAUAAUGCAAUCACACUAUUACGUUUCAGUUCCAUUACUUAUUUUCUCUUUUCGCGUUUACUCUCGGCAAAAUGCUUCCGUGCGCUUGUAAACAAUAAUCUGGACUGUCAUUUAGCCAACUAACAGAUAGCAUCAGCUGCGCGAGCGGUCUGAAGUUGGUUACACUUCGAGUGCCGGACCCGUCGAUUAUAGUUUAUCGACGUAAGCAUGCGGCUGUACAUAUUCCCAGAGAAAUGAAUAUAAAGAUGUGAAAUCGUCCGAACGAGAGAGUUAUUCUUAGUAUACUUCGACUUCUUCUUGUUAGAUUCAAUAAUAGCUUGUGGAUUAUCAUUGCGAGUUGAAUAUUAUUUUUCAAAAUAAAUUUGAACAACUUUCUAUUCACUCAAACAAACGAGGUAUUCAGGUAUUCAGUUUAAAUUAAAAUUUAAAUUAUGAACUGUCACAUAAACAGGAAAAACCAAAUUGUUCUGCCUCACAGAUAAUUUCAAAAAAUACGCAAGUCAAAAGCUUAAAAAUACAAUACAACACAAAAAAAGGUUUGUUGACAAAAAUCUCAUUGAAUUGAUGAACUUAAAUUCAAAUUAGUACUCGAUUCGUCCGUUCGAGCUUCUAAGUUCGAAAUCCAUAUCUUGGUAUAGUAUUUGUUAGUUCAAUAAAGCGCUGAAAGCCACAACAUCGUGAAAGUUUGCUAUAAAGUUCUAGCUUAAUGACUAUCUGCAGACGACGUAGAGUGCAGCGAGUAGUGACAAAAAUGCGAAAAUCAGAUGUUAAAAGUUGGAAAAAUAGAUAUCUAUGCAUACAUAUAUAAUUGGCACUCACACCCUUUUAGGGUUUUUUGAAGUUAGAGAGUUUUCCAUGGAACUCAUAUUUAGCCUCCCAUAUCUCAUAUCUUUGCAAAGUGAUUUUUUCUGUAUCCCACAAAUUUAGUGUUAUUUAGCUGAGAGACUUAACGUUUCAUGGUAUUGCCCUUGUUUGCUGGUAGAUUGAAAAAAAAAAAAUGGUAUAAGAAUUUUUUGCACAAGUAUACAAGCCACUUUAAGUUUUAUGCUGUCGCAUGUUGAGGAGAAGCUGAGAGCAGCUAUUAACAACGGAUGCACUAAUCUGGACAUCUGGAGAGUAUUACGUUUACUUUGGCCAUCAUGAGAUGAACGAAGAGCACUGACCUUGCUUUAGCUCUCUAAAUUGAACUUACAGAGAAUACCAGAGACGUGCUGGACAGGCCCGAUUUCUAUGGAAUAUGUCGAGACGAGAAAUGUGUAGAAUUCAUUCGUUUUAAUAGAAGAAUGGGUUUCAUAUUUCUGAAAUACUAAUUCUUCAGGAACCUGAGGCACACUUCCUUUGCAAGAGCUUUCGGAAAAAGGAAAAAUAUAUAAAAAUAUCUUAAGCACAUCUAGGGAAAGUUGCAAGGAAAUCUUCUUCUGGACAUCACAAUGGAUCUCAUUGGCCACAAAUGAACUAAAGAGCGAAGGACCUAAUCUACAUCUCUUUAGAAAAAUUUCGUAUAUUUUAAAAUCAAAUUUCGAAGUGUGUAUUUAGACUUUUGUAACUCGCUGUACAUCUGAACGAUAAAUUAUUGUAUUUACAUAGUCAUACAUAUAUGUAUGUACGUAUAUACAUAUAUGCUGAAAAAAACUGAAAAAAAUGAAAUUAGCUUUUAACUCUGAGUAAAUGUAAUUAUAAAUGUAAUGAGAUGAGCUGAAAUUUGAUACCCUCCGUGUAAUUGUAUGUAUGUAUAUUUGUAGACGCGCAGGUAGCUUCCGAAAAGCGCUGUAUUGUAUGUAGAAACGAAAUUCCAUAAUUGUAAGAUGCAUUUAUUUUAUCUGAAAAAAAGAAAACUCAAGAAUAUGAGUCUAUUUAAUUUCAUUUACUAUCUGCUAGCGCAAAAAAAACACGAAUCAUCUGUAGUUCCGUACUGAAUUCUAUAAUUUAAGUGUGCGUGCAUGUGCGUGCGUGUGUGUGUAAGAUAUUGCUAAGUGAAGUGUGUGCUCUCAAUUUCCAAUGCCAGUACUGACACUUUUCUUACUUACCGUAUCUUUGUUGUAAGCUUAAUUAGUAUAUACAUACAUACAUAUAAACAAAUAACUUACACCUAUAGUUUAGUGUAGAAUAUUUUUAAAUAUAGGAGUUUUACUUAUAAACAGUGCUGAUUUAAAUAAAUACUUAAUAGCGAAGAAUAAAUGAAAUUUCGUUUCUUACUAAAAAUCAGUAUGGAAAACUAACGGAAUUUGUGUAACAGAUUGAAAAAAACUACUUUUUGACAAAUAAAGGUACGUACAUUUUUGGCCACCAAAGUUAGGACUUGUUUUCUAGAGCCUUAAUUAUAGGAGUAAAAUAUAAUACUGCAACGUUUCUGUAUUUUAUUAUUAUUAAAUUUUCAACCAACUGACUAACGAAAAUUCUUUAUGAAGGACUAAUUUUAAAGUUAUUUAUUUGCAUACAUACAUACAUAUGGUACAUGUUUCACUGUUGUUGCUGUAACGGCAUAAAGUCUUUUCCAUACAUUUUUGGAGAAUGUUGCUAAAGUGGCAGCCUCUGGCUGGAUUUGAAAUCGGGUCGGUCCAAAUACUUUGCUCUCAGUAAAUUUGAGAGUAACAGCUGUUCGAGUGACACAAUUGCAAGGCUUUGUUUAAAAGCAUUUCUAUCUUUCUAUUCUUGCCUCUAUUAUCUUAUUUGUUUAUAAAGAGUAUUUCAAAACACGCGUCCAGAUGUUGCAGAAUAAAACAUGUAAAAAUUUAAAUUCUUUCAGGUUUCAUUAUUUUUAUUCAAAAUACGACUCUUAUGAAUUAUAUGUGAAAAAUGCUAUCAUUUAAAUGUGCUCGUCUACAGUUAAAAUCCACCAAACAGUCGAUUCAUGAAUGCCUUAAUUGUUGAGAACGUCGAGAACAAGGCAUCGAUGUUGAAGGUUGCUCACCAAUACUUUGCUCUACCGCAGCAAUAUUCUCAACAGUAUACCAGUCCUUUUUCUAUUCUCGACAGAACGAGUUUCUUGAAAUUUUUUCUCCAACCAUUUAAUUGUCCACUCAUUCGGAUAGUUAUUUAUCCCAAACAAAUCACGAAUUUAGCUAUGUGUUGUUUUUAAAUAUAGUCCAUUUGCAUGAUAAGUGGCGGCAAUAAAUUUGAACGUAUUGUUGUAUCUUGUAAAUUGCACAUCACUCUAUUUGACAUAUCGCACCCUAAAUACAAAAGGGUCACAACUCAAAAUUUUCCACACUCGAGCUUGACUUGUUUACAGUAGCACAGAAAAUAAACUAUGUGACAUAUCACGCUGAAAUUUGCCAUGUAAGCUUAUAACAGUCCUACCAAAAAACCAAAAAAAUUUAUUUUUGCCAUAUGUCAUGCGCAGACCGUUUUAUUGAUAACGUCUCGUUCAUAUUUGAGCAGAAGUACAUUUUGAGUUGUGACCCUUUUGUAUUUAGGGUGCGAUAUGUCAAAGAUGACAUAAAAAAGGUACCGCCUAGGAAUUAUUCUUUAGUGAGACCUAUGCGCCACUUUUGAAAGACCAUUUAUAUAUCUAACCUAAACGUCACUUAAAGUUAAGCACAUUUUCCAGCUCCACUUUCAUCUCGAUUUGUAAUUGUGACACUACAUACAAGUAUAAUAUGUUAGUGAGCCGAAUAAAGGUUGGUUAAGUUUCAAGGGCCGGUGUUGAUUUUGAAUCAAAUACAAUUUUUUUUUAAGAAAUUAUUGUCAUUUCUCUUUAUUAUGAUAAUAUUGGUGUGGCUCAAUUAUGUAUGGAACAAAAUUAUCGGCCAAAUGGCCGCCGCGUCUUCGGCGGCACACCUCUAUCCGAUGAUCCAAAUUUUUGAUGAAGCUGAGGCAUAAUUGAGGUUCUAUGUCGUUAAUGUGCCGAAUUAUCUCACCCUUUAGCUCUUGAAUUGUUGCUGGCUUAUCGACGUACACCUUUUCUUUCAAAUAACCCCAAAGAAAGAAGUCUAACGGUGUCGUUGACGUUUAGGUGUGGUUCACAUUCAACAUCGGCCCUUGAAAUGUAACCACCCUUUAUAAUGACGCCUCUAGGCGCCUGGUACACCGAGAAUUUUCUAUAUUCAAUGGAUUCUGUAACACCAUACUCUCUAAAAUGAGUUCAAUCAGGUCUGGAUAUGUUAACAAGUUUUUUGCACCCAAAAUGGACAAUAUCAGCACAUUUCACAACUUACUAGGUACAUAUCUGCUGAAAGAUUGACAAAGUAGAAGAAAAAUUGAUCCAAUCCAGGGAAGUUAAUUGAUUAGUAUAUCAUUUUUUAGGUUUAUUAUAUCUAUAGAAGUUUUGACAAAAAAAAAACAUAUAAAAAUAGCUGCGUCAUUUAAAUAUGCUGCCAGCAAGACUUAUUUGAAAACAGUUAUCCUUAAAACUUGUUUAGCUACAUGCAGCUGGAAAUGCAGAUUCAUGCUCUAACAGUGCUUCUGAAUGAAGUGUAAAAGUUAUUAUAAAGCUGUUGUCUGCGCAUAGGCGCGCAGGAAAGCCUAAUAAAUAAUACAUACAAUAUUUAAAACUGAGGUUUGAGUUAAGCAGUACUUUGUUUUCAUGUGAAAAAGCUGUCAGAACCCGUAUACAAUUAUUGGUUGUGAAAUAUGAGUAAAAUUUUACGUCUGUGAAAAGCUGGCGACAUUUCUUCACCACUGUUUAAAUUACACUUGCUAUGUAAAUUUUUUUAAAAGUGACAGUUCAUCGAAUUUAAAAAUUUUUAAUUUGUGUUCAAAGUAAAACUAUGGAAAAAUUGAAAAAAUCUAAAACGUAAGCUUGCUUAAAAUAUGGUUAACAUUUUUUUAUAUUAUCACAAUUAUUUGCUUCAUAGAGGAAUGCUUUCCAGGUUCUUCUAAUAACGAAAUAUUUUUAUUUUAUUUUAAAUUUUCCUGUUUUGAUUCUUUUCAAUUUGAUUGCUUAUUUUUUGUCUAGGGUUGCUGUGAAAUGUUCAUUUGAAAUAAAUUGAUAUUGCCAGCGCUAUUUCACGUCUGUGAUAGAGCCAUCAACUAGCAGUGUUGCUCAGCAUUUUUAUCUCAACAAGUUUGUAUCUCAACAUUUUCAUGUGUUUCUUACACUCAGGUACCUUGCUUCCAUCAUCAUAUUGCUAGCAACAUUGCUACGCAACAAUGGCACUGAGACUAAAAUUCAGACACACUGUUGCUCAACAGGUACAUAUUUUAUGUAAACAUUUUCACAGUAAUGUUGCAGUACAAUGUUUUUAACUGAAACUAGGACUUAGCAACAAUGUCGCUUCAAUUUUGCACCAGGCAAAUAUUGUUAGCACUUUCGAAUGUGCUUGCGGUCGAUAUAUAGAAACUUAUGUACGUAUGUUAGCAAAAACAUUUUUCAAUAUAAGCUACAUUUCCGCAUCCCACCAGAAGUAAGAUUGAGAUAAGCGUUUAUUGUAAAAUUCCUGCUUUCUGGUGCGAGUUGAUUUUACUGAAUUUAGUUGCAAGGUACAGCCUUAAUAUUUUCAUUUGUACGGACAAGAGAAACUACUCCUCUUAGUUCUUAGAAAUGUUUUGCACAUUGCAGAGUUAGUAGUUCCUUUAUUUUGUGGUUCGUUUCUUUUCAAAUUUUGCAACAUGCCAGACAUACAGCACUCAUUUGGGAAAUCUGCUAUGGUUGUGAAGGUUUUCAAUUCAUCCUCUCAGACGCAAAUGAGUUAAUUUCGAACCACAGCGAGUGUUCAUGCAUUCAUUGCAGUGAGUUGUCUAAAAUAGUUGUCAUUGGCGCGUGCAUCGUCGUAUUAAUAGAGGACCCUACACUUUUAACCUCGCCUUAAUACUUCGGCACUUAACUAUCUCACCAAUGCCAACAUCUAUUUCAUGACCAUUUCAAGACUCUUGAAUCAGCUCUGCAAUAGUUUAAUGGUGACAAAUCACAACUUCUAUUUAGGCGGCUAAUCGAUUAUCCCAUUUUCGAUUUUUUUCUGUUAAUAAUAUUUUCAAAACUUCUACCAAGCGAACGAGAUCGAUUAUGUAAAUUUCGAACUAUAAACUAAGUCUCUUAACACAGCACGGAUGUUAUUUCAGCUGUCAAAGUCGAAAAUAACUACAGUUCAAAUUUCGAAUACUAGAACUUUCCUGCAAACGCACUUGAUUGAUUGGUAUAGCAUAUUAUGCUAUGUUAAGAUUAAGAAAAAUAUAUUUAUUGCUGUAAAUUGAAAUUUAAAUCAUAGUAUAUUGAUUCAUAUAAUAUAUUAAAAACCGAUGCCGAAAGCAUUAGUCGACAGACGCUUAAAAUAUGAAAUUUUUAGGUUUUUUCGGCAGCAAAUGAAACAAACACAAAAGUAAGUUAAAUAGAGAAGUAAUAUUAUAUUAAUUUAUUUAUUAUUGUAGGAAAGCAAAACAAUAAAAUUCGCACAGAUUAUAUGUAUGUAAAAUGUUUGAGAUUAUAUUGCCAACUAUGCAAAAAGAUGAAAAAUCAUUGUCUGUAAUAUUAUGCAAGAAAUUGAAAACGAUAAAAUAUAUGUAUGCUUAAACUUAGAUUUGUAAGUUUUAGUAGUUGUAAGAAAAGCGGUAGUAAUAUAUUUAAUUAACAUAGAUGGCGCAAAAAUAAUUAACUAAAAAUGAUCACAAAAACCAGCUGAAA